GUUAGUGGCUCACCCUCCCCUAUCAUUUAAAGGCCUGGCUGCACGAUGAGGUCAGCCGUUGGCGACCCUGGUGGUGGUGCCGUGCCCCACCGCUGGAAUGGUACUGAAGUUCACUGGAAAUGUACAUGCUGAGCCAGGCUUCUUCCCUCCUGUACUCUCAUGUCGCCUACAGAAUGGAGGGCUUUACCAACAGGUUGAGGAACCUUCCCACGCCUACAUCGCUGACUUGGCCGCUGCUGUUCGGUAUCUUCAUCGCGUCUUAUAUAGUGCGCAAGGCUAUCGUUUCUGUCCGCCUUUGGCAGUUUCGCGGCCCGCCGUUGACGGGUCUUACCAACCUUCCUCACAGUCGCGCCAUUCUACGUGGCGAAUGCCAUAAGUGGUACGCCCUGGCGAAUGAAAAAUACGGCCCGAUUGCCCGUGUGGCGCCAAACAUCCUGGUCACAUCUUCACCCCAAGUUUGGGCCCACGUCAACAAUUCUCCAGGAUACAAGCGCUCCGACUGGUAUUACCAUGCUUGUCGCAUUGAACACAGAAAGGACAAUGUAUUUAGUCAAACUGACAAUGCGAAGCACGAGUUUAGGAGGAAGCAGAUGGCCCCUGGGUACUCAGGAAGAGAAAAUCCUGGUCUAGAGGCUUCCAUAGAUGAAUUCCUUGCCCAAUUGAUUUCCCUCAUCAGCUCCAAGUAUCUCUCUUCGGACGACGGUAUAGUCCCGGUGGAUCUCGCGCGCAAGAUACAGUUUUUCACACUCGACGUAAUCAGCAAGAUUGGCCUAGGAACUCCUUUUGGUAUGUUGCGGUCCGAUUCGGAUAUAGACGACUAUCUCAAGUCUAGCGAAGAGGGCCUUGCCGUGGGCAACAGCGCCCUAGCGCUAGGCCUCAGCUGGCUUGCCCACUCGCCAUUCAUUGGCCGCUUUAUUGCCCCGUUCCCUAAGGAUAACACUGGCUUUGGCAAGAUGAUGGCCACUUGCUUCCGCCUCGUUGAUGAUCGCGCUGCUAAGGCAACCGAGAAACACUCCGAUAUGCUGGCUUCCUUCGCUCGUCAUGGUUUGUCCGGUGCUGAGCUACGAACAGAGGCGCUUGAGCAGAUUAUCGCAGGCUCCGAUACCACCGCCACUGGUAUUCGUUUCACGCUACUGCAUAUCAUGACAAAUCCUCGUGUACAUUCGAAACUGCAGGUUGAGAUUGAUGGAGCCGUGCGAGCUGGUCGGGCUCCCGCAAGCGGAUCAGGGAUUAUUUCCGCCAACCAAGCAAAACAGCUUCCGUACCUCCAGGCUGUUAUCCGAGAGGCACUGCGCGUUACCCCACCAGUCGCAAACAUAUUCUCGCGAGACGUCCCACCUAAUGGUGAUGAAGUUAAAGUCAAUGGCGAGACAAUAGUUUUACCUGGUGGGGUUUGCAUCGGAUACUCAGCCUAUGCGAUGCACCACAGCAAGGGCAUCUAUGGCAAUGAUGUGGACGCCUUCAGACCCGAACGCUGGUUCGAGCCCGAUGCCGAUAAGCUGAAACUCAUGCUAUCGACCAACGAACUGGUGUUUGGCCAUGGCAAGUUCCAAUGCCUCGGCAAAACUGUCGCCCAAAUGGAGCUGGGAAAGGUUAUAUUUGAGCUUUUCCGCCAUUUUGAUCUUGCAACUCUUUGCCCUACAAGCCCGUUGAAGUCGCGCAACUGUCUUGGUUUAUUUCAAAUAACUGACAUGUGGGUACAAGCGACUAGGCGGCCCUUAUAUUCUUAAUAUGAAGAAGUCAAUAUACUCAGUUGAGACUGUUAUAGUGAAAAAAACAAAAUAAGCAGUUUAGACAAACAGCGUCAGUAGGGUCGAUAUUAUUCCAUAUCUAAUCUAUUUCUCACUGAAGUAAUAUCGGGAAGUUCACCAGCUCGGACGAGAUUCUCCAAUUCUGCCUUAUCGGCCCAUUUGUUGUAACACUCUAUAUAGUCUUCUGCUAGAAACUCUUCUAUCGCCCUGCCUAUCCCACGGCCUCGUUUUCUGUAAUCAUCCAUAUGUAGUGUUCCAGGCCAUCGUUCCAUGCCUGAUGGAAAAUAACCAGCAUGUUCCCAAUCAAUGAGUGCGUUAACUUGAAGAGAAGAUCGAUCAAUUAAUAUAUUAUGAGCCGCCAUAUCGCCGUGCUGAAAAAUAUAUCCUGGCUGCUCUAGUGGUAUUGUCUUCCAGGUCCUUGGGCGGUCCCAUGGCGGUUCAGCAUCGGGGCAGAUCCAAGAAGGGGGCAUCACGAAUCCAUCGAUGCCACGCUCCCGAGACUUUAGAUUUGCAAGUUGUGGUAAAACAGUUUCGUUAAUAAAUAGAGUUGCAUUUGUGUGGGCCUCGUCUGAACAUAUCUUGCACGGCGCAGUAUCCAUGUGUUGUUGGCCCAACGGUUUUAGACAGCCCUCAGAUUCCAUGAUAUCACUUAGGCUGAUACCACCGACACGUGCAGUGGUUAAAUAUUUACAGCCAUCGGAAAGUGUCCCAUGCGCAAGUAACUGAGGAACAGGUAUUGUUGUUUGGGCAGCAAUCAGCUUUAGUGCCUUGGCUUCGUUAUCGAUACGUUCGUGAUUCCUGUAAGGAAGAUUCUUGUUAAUAACCGCAAACCAAACACCAAUAGUGAUUCUUACCAGGAUCUCCACCAUGUAAAUGGAGUACCAUCAGGAUAUGGAUCAUAUAUUGGAAGCCUGGAGAUCUUUGUGAAUGUUGUUUCGGUAAAGACAUAUAUGACAUCAUUCGACUGUUCGCGACGUGUUUCUCCCACUAAGGCGUCUUUGAUUAGCGAAACAAAAUAAAUAAAAAUUAAAAAGAGUUAUCAGAUAGAAAUUACAGUCUUUAAUAAGUGUAUCGAAGUCUUUUAGUUCGGAUAAGGAAGUAUAUUGCUCGC